AUGGAAGAUCUGGGCCCGUUCGCUAGUGCGACCCGGUCUCCUCACAGGACAGCAACAUAUGGCUCGAGACAGGGCGUGUCGUCGCAGAGAACCGCCGUCGACCCGUCCGCCCACAGACGACCGACGAUGCUUGACGACGAGGACGACGACGAAGAUGAGGACGACGACGAUGAAUACUUCGGGGAGGACGUGAGACGGAGGGUUGACGAAGACGAGCAGCGAUAUUCAGCGGCGGAAGAUGACGAGAACGAGGAGCAAUCGGUGACUCCAGUCCCCAGAAGCCACACGCCUGGCCGCCUUGCUGGUGCCAGGAGCAAUGUCCCGGGCGAUCAACCGCGCAGCAGCAAAGCAACCGCUGAGUUGGCCAUUCGUCAACGAGCAAUCUCGGCCUCGCACCCGCACCCUCCAGCGAGUCGCCCAACGGGGCAAAGAAAGUCGACCGCGGACAGUCUCCCCGACGUCCCUCCCCUUCCUCGCGAUGGCGAAGCAGAACAAAAGACGGCAGCUACAGCUACAGCUACAGCUACAGCGGCAGCAGCAUCAUCGGCUGCUGCUGUAGCUGCAUCGUCAAGAGCGACGUCCGCCGUGUCAGCUCGCCAAACAAGCUCCAUCAUGGCUCGCCCCUCGGCCGGCAAACACACCACGUUCCCCCCCUUGCCGAGACCCGGUGAUGGGCCAGAGGUGCCCCCAGCCCCGGCAUCCGGCAUGUACUGGUCAAAGGCACCCAUAUCUGGAGCUGCACACUCGAAUCUCCGAGCUCAUACGACGACACUGAUCGGCUCCAGCGUAUACGUUUUCGGCGGCUGCGAUGCAAAGACGUGCUUCAACUCCAUGUACGUCCUUGAUGCCGACUCGUUCUACUGGUCCGUGCCGCACAUGGUUGGGGAUAUCCCUAUGCCCCUCCGAGCCAUGACUUGCACGGCAGUGGGGAAGAAGCUCGUCGUCUUUGGAGGUGGCGACGGCCCGACGUACUUUAACGAUGUCUACGUCCUCGAUACGGUCAAUUUUCGCUGGACCAAGCCUCGCAUUGUGGGAGACAAGGUGCCCUCAAAACGCCGCGCCCACACGGCAUGCCUGUACAAGAACGGCAUCUACGUCUUUGGUGGAGGCGAUGGCGUGCGCGCGCUGAACGAUAUCUGGCGGCUCGACGUCAGUGACAUGAAUAAGAUGUCGUGGAGAUUGAUAUCCAGUGCCGAAAAGGUAGCUCCAGGAACACGGGACCGUCGGCCCAAAGCUCGCGGCUACCACACAGCCAACAUGGUCGGCAGCAAGCUCAUCAUCUUUGGUGGAUCGGACGGUGGCGAGUGCUUCGACGACGUGUGGAUCUACGAUGUGGAGAGGCACAUAUGGAAGCUCGUCAACAUCCCCAUCAGCUAUCGUCGCCUCUCGCACACUGCCACCAUUGUGGGCUCAUAUCUCUUUGUCAUCGGAGGCCACGACGGCCACGAGUACUGCGCCGACGUGCUGCUCCUCAACCUAGUAACCAUGACGUGGGACAGGCGCAAGACAUAUGGACUGCCCCCCAGUGGACGAGGAUAUCACGGCACGGUCCUGUACGAUAGUAGGUUGCAUGUUGUUGGCGGGUUUGACGGUAGCGAUGUAUUUGGCGACGUUAUGAUUCUGGAGUUGGCGGUUCACGCGUAUUACUCGCAAAUUAGCCAUUUCACGAUUGAUGUAUGA